UUAGCUCUCAAUGGACCAGAGCAGAAGAACAAAACGGAAACCAUGACACCCACCCCACCAGAGGUUUGGGCUUCCUCCAAAACCAUUUCCCUUCUGUCUGUGGAGGCAGUGGGCUGUGUAGAACCUAUAAGUAGGCUGCAGGAGGCUCCCACCACACUCUAGAGCCUGAGGUGGCCCUGAAUGAGUGGCCGUUCCUGAGCCUUUUGCCUCUGCUCGUGAUUAGACCUGUCUUCAGUUCCAUGGGAGGCUUUGAGGGGCAUCUGUUCCCAGGACUCUCUCUCUUCUUCUACGGACUUUAUCAUGCCCGACUGGUGUCCAGGGCCUUGAUGUGCAACUCUCUUGUCCAGUAUCCGCCACGCUGUCCUUGGAGCAAGGGAAGAUGGACCAGGCUGCGGCAAAUAUACUAUGUUGGGUUGAUGAAGAUAUUGAGCUCCUGCAUUUUAACAGCUCAAGAGGUGCAUAGUGUUCAUGGAAGGUUGGUACUUAUCAGCAAGAUAUAUCAUCAGAGAAACUUUCUGUACCGCAAACAGUGGCAGCAUCUCACUAUGUAUAUGACUUACUUUCUGAGUGGGUGUGCAGACAUAAUGAGCCAGAACCUUCUGCCCCAGAGGUGUUCUGCUAUGGAGCAAGGUGCCCAAGUCCUGGGCAUAUUUGUGUUUCUCCCCCUGAUGCUGUCUCACAUGCAGGACACAGAAGGAGUGGAGCUGCAGGCUCACAUCCUGCUCACCCAGGCCUCAUUCUUACUGCUGCUAGUUGUGGCUGCAGAGCUGUGGGCUCCCAACAUGCCUCAGCUCUGGAUGAUGAAGGCCUAUUUUUAUAUGUUGAUAGGCUCGUGGCUGAUACAGAUUGCCUUUAUGCUAUACAAACCAAUCUCUGGCUACAAAUGGAUGGAUGAUGACAAAAAUGACAUUAUGUUUGUCACCACCUCCUUCUGCUGGCAUGUGAUCUUUAUUGCCAUUUUGAUGAUCUGGAUUUAUGGCUUCUCCUUUGUGUGGUAUUGUUACAUUUGUUGA